CAUCACUGCCAGCUUGUUCAACAGCACCACAACCAUUGACCUCCAUUCUCUCCUUCUCCCCUUUUCCCAAGGGUGUAGCUGAGGUCUUGUUGCUGACAACAUGAGUGUCACGCGGACCGCCGAGUGCCUUUUGUGCUCCUUCACAAGAAGCUCCCGAACAGCUCGCCCAUCUCAAUCAACUCGUCGCCCAUUCAGUUCGACGACCUUGCGACAGAAUCGCAAACCUCGUUUCCCCAGCGUCAAAGCCCCCGUGCUAGAGAGACCCAAACACCCCUUGUCGUAUCUCAACCAACGAGCCGACCAGUUUUUCUCCGAAGAUGGCACCCUCCCUGGAAAUUACACUCGAGAGCAACGCGCAGCCAUUGAGGCAGCCAAAAAGUUUGAUACAAUGAAGCACUUGAAGGAAUAUCGGGGCGGUAUGCGUACGGGGCCUUACAAACUCGAAUACUUUGACGAUCUCACCCAAAUCGACCCGGUCAUUGACAAACCCGUACGCAAUCCAAUGGCCAAUAUCGACGACAACCAGAGGAUGAAAGAGGACGAAGAUUUCGCCGACGAUUUUCUCGAACAAGCCAUGCAAUCACACCAAAUGAUCAAUGUGCGAGACGAGAGUGGCAAUGAGUAUUUGGACGAUGAGGUCGCCGAUGAUGCGUGGAACAAGUUUGACCAAGGCAUGAGGAUGACCACCGGUCGACCCGAGGCCGAACUCGCACCACCUUCUGCGCUGGCCCCUGAUCUACCCUUGCUCAGCCCAUCCAACCUAAAACAAAAAUCAUCCUCUAAAAAUUCCGACUCUGCAGGGCAAGAUAAGCAAGCAGUAAGCCCGGAACUGAUCACGCUGUUGCAAAUGACGGGCUUGACCCCCAAACAAUUUGCCGGCAUCCGGGUGAGAAGUCUCAUCCAGCACAGAGUUGUCAACCAAACACGAUUGGGCAAAAUUCAACGCAUAUACACACUUGCAGUGGCAGGAAAUGGAAACGGUCUGAUCGGAAUUGGUGAGGCCAAGUCUGCUGAAGCGUCCGACGCCAGAAUUCAGAGUCAAUAUCGAGCGAUUCGAAACAUGCAGCCGAUAUUACGAUACGAGAACCGGACCAUUUUUGGCCAAGUCAAGGCCAAGGUCUCCGCGACGGAGCUCGAACUCUCCCCCAGACCCCCAGGAUUUGGACUUCGGUGCCAGCAAUACAUUUGGGAAAUUUGCAAAUGCGCCGGCAUUGCCGAUAUUUCGGCCAAGGUGCGUCGAGCCAGGAAUCCCAUGAACAUGGUCAAGGCGGCAGUCCAGGCAUUGGCCAGCCAGAAAGACCCAGAGGACAUCGCUCGUGGGAGGGGGAAGAAGUUGGUGGAUGUUCGAAAGGUGUACUAUGCCGGGCGCACAUAGAUUGUACAACAUAUAUCGUGGGUCGUUGGUGAAUAUGACCUUUGUUCCAAACAACUUUUUC